AGCCCAACAGGGGCACAAAACGUCCCCGGGAUGAUGAAGAGGAAGAACUAAAAAUGCGUCGGAGACAAGCUGGUCCUCGAGAGCGGGGCCGCUACCGGGAGGAAGAACUGACUGUGGUGGAAGAAGUGGAUGACGACAAGAAAAGGCUGCUUCAGAUUAUUGACCGAGAUGGCGAGGAGGAAGAGGAGGAGGAGGAACCACUGGAUGAAAGCUCAGUGAAGAAAAUGAUCCUUACAUUUGAAAAACGAUCGUAUAAAAACCAAGAGUUACGGAUCAAGUUUCCAGACAAUCCAGAGAAGUUUAUGGAAUCUGAGCUGGACCUAAAUGACAUCAUUCAGGAGAUGCAUGUGGUGGCCACCAUGCCAGACCUGUACCAUCUUCUGGUAGAGCUGAAUGCUGUUCAGUCUCUUCUUGGAUUGCUUGGCCAUGAUAAUACAGAUGUGUCCAUAGCUGUGGUGGAUCUGCUUCAGGAAUUGACAGACAUAGACACCCUCCAUGAGAGCGAAGAGGGCGCGGAAGUACUCAUUGAUGCUCUGGUGGACGGGCAAGUGGUUGCGCUGCUCGUGCAGAAUCUCGAGCGCCUGGAUGAGUCUGUGAAAGAAGAGGCAGAUGGCGUCCACAACACUCUGGCUAUUGUGGAGAACAUGGCAGAGUUCCGGCCAGAGAUGUGUACGGAGGCCGCCCAGCAGGGUCUUCUGCAGUGGCUGCUGAAGCGGCUGAAGGCAAAGAUGCCUUUCGAUGCCAACAAACUGUAUUGCAGUGAAGUGCUGGCCAUAUUGCUCCAGGACAAUGAUGAAAACAGGGAAUUGCUUGGGGAGCUGGAUGGAAUUGAUGUGCUUCUUCAGCAGUUAUCCGUGUUUAAAAGACACAAUCCUAGCACAGCUGAGGAGCAGGAGAUGAUGGAGAAUCUGUUUGAUUCACUCUGUUCCUGCCUAAUGCUCAGUUCCAAUCGUGAGCGCUUCCUGAAGGGCGAGGGUCUUCAGCUGAUGAAUCUCAUGCUCAGAGAAAAGAAGAUUUCCCGGAGCAGUGCCCUGAAGGUGCUGGACCAUGCCAUGAUUGGACCUGAGGGCACGGACAACUGCCAUAAGUUUGUUGACAUUCUUGGCUUAAGAACCAUCUUUCCCCUUUUUAUGAAGUCUCCCAGGAAGAUCAAGAAAGUGGGAACCACUGAGAAGGAGCAUGAAAAUGACAGCGAGAAGGUUGACAGGCUGAUGGAACUGCAUUUUAAAUAUCUGGAUGCAAUGCAGGUGGCCGACAAGAAUUGAAGGGGAAAAACACCUUUUAUGCCCACGUGUUCAUUACUUGUAGACAUGGUCCGACGUGGAGAAAUCAUAGACAACGACAUCGAGGAUGAGUUCUACCUCCGACGCUUGGAUGCAGGGCUCUUUGUUCUCCAGCACAUCUGCUACAUCAUGGCAGAGAUCUGCAAUGCCAAUGUGCCCCAGAUUCGCCAGAGGGUUCACCAAAUCCUAAAUAUGCGAGGAAGCUCCAUCAAAAUUGUCAGGCACAUCAUUAAGGAGUAUGCGGAGAACAUCGGGGACGGCCGGAGCCCGGAGUUCCGGGAGAACGAGCAGAAGCGCAUUCUGGGCCUGCUGGAGAACUUCUAG